AUGGCAAAAUCAAAUCAAUGUUCUACCUGUCAAAAGCCAACAGGAGUGAUGCAUUGCACAGGUUGUGAUGGUUACUUCUGCACAAAGGAUUUCAAAGGUCACCGUGAAAUAUUAUUUACUGAAAUGGAACAACUCGUUGAAGAGCGUAAUAAACUACAAGAGAAAAUCAACAGGGCAUCAAAACCAAACAGCUCAAGCAAUCCACUUAUUGAAGAAAUCAAUGCAUGGGAGAAGAUGACAAUUGAAAAAGUGCGACAAACAGCUGAACAUGUGCGUCAGCAGGCUAAUCAGCUGAUAAAUUCAAAAUCUAUGAAAAUUACAAAUGAAGUCAAAGGCUUCUCAGAUGAAUUAGCGGAUUUGAAAGAAACUGAGAACUAUGUUGAACAUGAUUUAAUAAGACUUAAAGAAAAGAUUGAUCAAUUUAAUGUAGAAUUGACUCAACUUUCUCAAAAAACCAUAAUUGAACUCAAUAAAGAAGAAAGUGAAAAAAUAAAAUGGAAUCAUAUUAUCUACAUUCAAGAAAAACCUAUCGAAGUUGAACGUCAGCAAACACCAACAACAAUAAAAAAAGGAAGUGCACGAGCAACAACAUCAUCUCUUCAAAAACAACCUGAUUGUGGUGGUCGAGCUUGUGCACGAUGUGGUAAAUGUACUGACUGGUAUCUUAACAAUAAUAAGUCACGUUAUUUCCAUCAUGAUGGUGCCACUUGCAGUCAUGCUAUUAAUGAUCCUCAUGAUCAUUCUUAUCAUCCUUCUGAAGGUUUUUCUAUUUAUGCUGCUAUUGCUGAAAUGUUAACAUUUGUUCGAAAGAAAAAAGAAGCAGCUUGUGAAAAGCGUUUCGGUGUAGCAAUUCUUAUAAUGUUUGUAACGGAAAAGCAUGUUGUGGGAAAAGUGAUGUAA